AUGCUCGCAGCUCGCAGGUCAGCGGCCGCAGCACGGGGCGCCCCCUCGCUCGCCGCAUCCCUCCUCGUCAUCCUACACCGCCAGCUGCACUCGUCCGGCCCGCCCCUCCUCCGAUCAGGCAAGGACUCUGCAAACGCACGCCGCAACAACCGCAACAAGAACGGAUCAGGCGAUCCCUCCUCUUCAUCCUCGUCGCCUCGUCCCGCCUACGACCUCGAAAAGCGCUUCCGCGACCUCGACCAACUCUACCCCACCCCUAACACCACCGCCCUCGAAACCGAAGCCGACGCCCAAGCCCACACCGACGCCGACCUCGACAACGCAGAACAGCGACGCAGGGAUCGCAUCACCGAAAAGCUCCUCAAUGCCGCAAAGCUCGGCAACCCGCCCGUCCGCGCACCCUCGGGCUCCGACCCCUACGCCGGGUGGAAGCCCUCUCCCGGCUCCUCGUCCAGCCGCAACCUCGGCAGGCCAAAGCUCAGCGACGAAGCAAAGGCCAAGGCAGAGGCGAGGCUCCGUAGGCACGCCAUGGACGUCAACGCCCUCCUCGGCGGCCACACCGCCGGCCGCCUCAACCAGCCCCUCGUCACCCGCGAAGACGCCGGCGUCGGCCCAGACGACGCCGACGACGCCCUCUACCUCGACCACUUCCUCUACCCUCCCCGCCGCAUCCAGGCCGGCGACUUUGUCGAGAUCCGCACCGCGGGCAUCAGCGCCAUCGGAAUCGUCCUGCCCAAGCCCGACGACGAGCGCGACCUGCCCGCCUCGGCGUCCGCCUCGCAGGUCGAGGCCCACAAGAAGAAAAAGGUGCUGCGCCUCGACGGCGAAAUCUUUGUCCUCCUCUCGACGGGCGUCGUCACCAUCUCGCGCGACACCGACGUCAUGAUACAGGUGCCCCGCAUGGUCGAGCGCGGACUCACCUACCGCGCCGCCGCCGCCACGCGCUCCCACGUCAGCUCCUCGAACCUCGACGGGCCCUCGACCUCGGACGGCGCACACGACCCGCACGACGCCAGCGGCAGCGCCGGCCAGUCGGCCCCCGGCGAAGCGACCCCCGCCACCGAGGAGCCCAUCGACGAGCCCCGCUUCGAGGCGCGCGCCUCGAUCUGCAACAAGCUCCGCAUCAUUGAGCGCCAAAAGGUCCUCGAGGUCCAGAGGCUCCUCCCCGCCUUCCGAUCCCUCUUCCUCGACGACGACAACGUCGGCGGCAGCACCCGUUCCGCGCACGUCCCUUCGGACAGGAUGGACCUCGCCACGGGCACCAUCACCACCUACGAGGCCACGCGGCUCAUGCAGGACCGCCUCGCCCGCACCGGUGCCGACGGCCAGGCGCGGCGGGACCCCAUCACGGUGGCCACGAUGCUCGCCGCCCACACCCUCCUCAUGGACACGCCCACCCACUUCCUCGCAGACACGCUCUCGCACCGCACCAGCCAGCUCUACACCUGCCGGAGCCCAGAGGAGCGCCGCACGCUGCGCGUCCUCGAGCGCUGGGUCAAGUCGGCCCCGGGCUCCGAGGCCCAGUCGCACAUCGACGCCUUCUGCGCAAAGGCGCGCACCGUCAUGGCCUGGUCCGCCGCCCACCCGUACCGCGGUGACGGCCCGCCCCGCCGCAUCGACGCCGAGGGACUCGACGUCCAGUGGUCCGACGAGGACCGCCUGAUCCUCUCGUUCCUCGAGGCCAGCCUCGGCAGCCGACGGGCCAUCCAGGACGACACCCACGGCAGCAUCGCCAUGGAGAUCCUCAAGCGCGCCGGCGCCCACAUCCGCGUCCGGCCGCAUCCGGCGGGCAGGCCAGACAUGGAGCUCGACGAGGCCGCCGACACCUUGCUCUUCCCCGCCUCCCCCACGUCGUCGGCCGAGCUGUCGCCGGCGACCACCACUGCCUCCGAGGCGGCCGCCACUGCCUCGCCGGCGUCGGAGCUCGACGCCCACGCCUACGAGAUCCUCCGAGAGCUCGGCGGCGUCAUCCUGGCGGGGCCCGACCUGCAGCAUGCCCUCGUCCUCCGCUUCCUCAAGGACGUUGGCUACCUCGCUCCGUGGCACAACCCCCUCCGCCUCGACACCACCUUCCGUACCCUCGUCUCGGGUGAGGGCGACGGGCAGCCGGAGCCGCACGGGUCCGAGGAGACGACCGCCCCCGUCGCCUCGGCAUCGACUACUCCUUCACCUUCCUCGGCCUACCAGCUCGGCAUCGACGCCGACGUCGAGGCGAUCCGACACGACUUUGGCAAGGACCUGCCGGUCUACGUCAUCGACGACGCCGGCGCCUUUGAGCUCGACGACGGCAUCUCGAUCGAGCCGAUCGCGGGCAGCGAGGACCAGGCGUGGGUGCACGUCCACAUCGCCGACCCGACGGCCUCGAUGCGGCCCGACGACGCGCUGGCCACGCGCGCGCGCCGACGCUUCAGCACCCUCUACUUUCCCGAGGCGCGCUGGGCGCUGCUGCCCGACGACUUUGUCAGUGCCGGCGUCGGACUGCGCGCCCCGACGGCCGAGUCGACGCGGGCGGGCCAGGGGCAGCGCGUCAUGACAUUUAGCGCCAAGAUCGACGCGCGCAACGGCCAGGUCGACGACUUCCACGUCCGGCCGGCAUGGGUGCACAACGUCAACGUCGUGUCCUACGACCGCGUCAACGAGAUGCUGCGGCAGUCGUCGGCCAGCGGCGACCUGGUCCGGCUGCACCGCAUCGCUCGUGCGCUCGCCGCCGCGAGGAUCCGGGGCACGGCCAUCAACGCGUGGCGCCGCAGCGCGUCGCUCUCGCUCUCGCCGCUGCCGCUCCCGGACACGAUGGUGUCCUCCGCGCGCCUUGACGGCCCGCGCUUCUACACGGGCUCGCCCGACGUGUCGCUGUCGGUCUUGUCGGUGCAGGAGGACCCGAGCGUGCACGCGUCGCAGUUCCUCGUCGCGGAGCUGAUGCUGCUCGCGGGACGGGUGGCGGGAGCGUUUGGCGAGCAGAGGGACGUGCCGCUGCCGUACCGCCUCCAGCCGCGGCCCGAGGACCCCAAGGACCUCGAGCGAAUCCUGGCGAUGCGCGACCCGGACACGGGCGGCGUCGACUUUGAAAAGAUGAUCAUCGAGGACCUCACCAUCCCGCAGGGCCAGUACAGCGACCACUCCGGCGAGCACUUUGCCAUGGGCAUCUGCAACCGCGAGAGCCUGGCCGUCGGCGCGGACGCGCUGUCCAAGGGCGGCUACAUCCGCGCCACGUCGCCGCUGCGCCGGUACCCGGACAUGGUGGCGCACUGGCAGCUCAAGUCGUCGCUCCUCGGCCGACCCUUGGCGUUUUCGCGCACCGAGCUGCGCCACCGGCUGGGCCAGUUUGAGCGCUCCGAGCUCCUCUCCAAGCAGCUCAACCGCGCCGCCAGCCGCGCGUGGAUCCUGCGCGCCAUCGAGGACGCGCUGCAGCGUCGCCGCGAGGGGCGUGCCACCGAGGCCGACGCGCGCAUCCUCGGCCCGCACCAGGCCGUCCUCACGCUCGCCCACGUGCGCAUCAACUCGCUGACGCUGGGCGCCCGCCUGCGCGUCCAGGUCGAAGGCCUGGGCAUGACGGCCGACAUGAUCUGGGACGCAAAGAAGUGGUCGCCAAAGACGGGCGCGCGCUUCACCGUCGAGGUGGCCGCCACCGUGCAGGCGGGUCUGCGGUCGGCGCUCGUGGUCAGGGAGGUGGCGUAG